UUAAGCUCUACCUAAACAACUGUCUUCCUCCAUUAACGUGUGCGAAUGGACGAGGUCGCUGUGAACUUGAAAACCUGGGCCUCCUACGUCGCCGCGGUAGUGGUUCAGGUCGCCUACGGUGGCGCGAAUAUCAUAGUCAAAAUAGCCCUCGCCAAGGGAAUGAAUCAACAAGUUUUACUGGUGUACCGCCAUGUGCUCGCCGUGCUUCUGUUGGCGCCUUUCGCUUAUGUGCUGGAAAGGAAGCAGCGGCCUCCGCUCUCAUUUUGGGUGAUGGUGAAGAUAUUCGUGCUGGCUUCAAUCGGAAUCACCAUCCAUCUUAAUGUCUUCUAUGCUGGUUUAGGAUACACUUCUCCUACGGUUGCACAUGCUUUGAGCAACGCUAGCCCUGCUUUGACCUUUCUCGUGGCGGUUCUUAUACGGAUGGAGAAAGUUGAGACCGGGAGUGCAAGAGGACGAGCAAAGUUGGGGGGAGCGUUUACUUGCAUUGCGGGAUCGCUUAUCUUCACGUUUUGGAAGGGAGGGUAUCUAUUCAAAAGCAUUCUAGAGAGGCCACUCAUCCACGUGCAUGAGUAUGACACCAAAGCCGGAGGUACUGUUGUCCCUAAGCACCGAAACUGGAUGAAGGGCUCAGCUCUCAUCCUUACCAGUAACAUUACAUGGUGCACAUGGCUUAUUUUCCAGGGUAUUGUGUACAAGAUCUACCCAGCUCCAUUGUCGCUCAAUGCGUUGGUUUGCUUAUUUGCGUUACUGCAAUCUUCUUUCCUUGCAAUUUUCUUCUGCAGAGAUCCUGCCUUAUGGAGGUUGGAGUGGGAUGUCCAGCUUUUGGCCAUCAUCUACAGCGGACUUGUGACUUCCUUAUUGGCGAACAACCUGCAGAUAUGGUGCAUUAGUAUCAAUGGACCAGUUUUUGCUGCAAUGUUUUCUCCACUGUCACUUGUGUUUGUGGCAAUAUUUUCAGCAAUUGCAUUUGCAGAGCGUCUUCACUUGGGCAGCGUGAUGGGAGCGUUUGUGAUCAUUGUGGGUCUUUACUGCAUGCUCUGGGGGAAGAGAGCAGACAAUCUUGCUACAGAGCCAUUCAAGAAUGGAAAAGGUUUUGAUGGGGAUGACACAAUGCAGAUUCCUGAGACUACUAAUAGCCCCUUGCCAAUAACUAGUGAAAGAAAAUGAAAGUGUUUCUUCUCCUCCUCCUUAUCAUUAAUUGAAAUCGGACUUACUUGAAUUCACACAGUGAAAUUGGGUCGAAUCUUUGUAGGUUGAAUUACUAGUUCGAAAAUGAAAUAAUGAAAUCGGAAAUCGUUCGUUUACCACAGCGUAAAAGCCACACUU